UGCCCUGUUCAAGCAGUUCGCAAGAUGGAUAUUUCCGAGUGUCCUAGUUCUGACUAGCACCUGCACACAAAUAAUAGCCGACAAUUACACAGAACAGUGUGUGUAAUUGCAGGCUAAUUUUUGGCGCAGAAGUAAUUUGGGAGCUGAAAUCAGUAAAUGCUUAAAUCUCUCGAACCAUGAAAAAAAUAUAAUCUCAAUUUAAAGCCAAAAAAGUAGCCUUCCAUUUUCAGAUCUUCACGUUCAAAUGUUUACCUGGCCAAAUUAGCAGUAUGCUAAUCAGGCAGCCAAACGCUUCAAAUAACAUUGUCACAUGCUUCGUAAACAACAGGUGUAGACAGUGAAACGCUUACUUACCGCCCUUCCCAACAAUGCAGAGGAAUAGUAGAAAAAUAAUAAAACCUAGAAAUAAAUAUACUGAACAGAAAUAUAAACGCAACGAUUUUACUGAGUUCAUUGAAAGAACUCAGUCAAUUGAAAUAAAUGUUAGGCCCUAAUCUAUGGAUUUCACAUGAUUGGGCAUGGAUGUGGCCUGAGAGGGCAUAGGCCCGCCCACUUGGGAGCCAGGGCCUCCCAGUGGGGAGCCAUGCCCAGCCAAUUAGAAUGUGUUUUUCACUACACAAGGGUUUAAUUACAGACAGAAAUACUCCUCAGUUUCGUCAGCUGUCCGGGUGGCUGGUCUAAGACAAUCCCGCAUGUCAAGAAGCUGGAUGUGGAGGUCCUGGGCUGGCGUGGUUACAUGUGGUCUGCGGUUGCGAGGCCGGUCCAGCGAUAUAAAGGAAUAGCGAGCUGAUCAUGGCUGAAGAAGAACCCCUAGGUGGAGCCCAGCAGGUACUGCGUUGUCUGAAGCCCAAGUUGAUCGAUACUCUAAGUGCAGACCCUGCCUUUGUGCUGCAGCAUGCAGACUCCCUCAGCCUACUGGCCCGGCAUGAGUACAAGCAGGUCAAAGCACUCACUGACCCAUCAAAACAGGCCCAGGACCUUCUGGACCAUGUGAUCAACAAAGGACCCACUGCUGCAGAGCAGCUUCUGCAGCUCCUGAGGGGCAAAGAAAUGCAGGAUACGUUUCCCAACCUUCUGUUCCUCAAGGAACUGCCAGUGAAUGAUCAAAGAGCUGCAGGUGAAAAGGGUACAGGGGGAAAUGAAGUUACCAGAAAGAGAAGACAAACAUUUGAGUCCGAAGAGAACCUUCCCGCUAAACAGACAUGCAAGUAUGGCUCUAAGAUGGUGGUGGAGAAGGAUCUGAUGCGUGUGGCUCAAAAUAUCGGUCGCUCCUGGAGGGCAAUUGGUACAGGGGCCCUAGACAUCCCCUCUGUCAAGCUGGAUCAGAUCCUGGAGGACUAUCCACACAGCCAUGUGGACCGUGUGUUCGCCAUGCUGCGCUACUGGAGCACACUGAAACGGCAUGAGGCCACGGCGGCCAAUCUCCACUCCCUGCUCAGCCAGGGCGACUGGGCCCUGCUGCCAAACAGCAUAGACUUUCUCCUGGACCCCAUCUUAGACCCUUAGCAGUCUGGCCUUAGCUGCUAUUGCAUCAUUUCCACUGCAGGGAUUUACCACAGUGCUUGGCCUCAGAUUUUAGUGUUUCUAUGGUUGAGGUUUAGUGGGGAAAGGACGUAACCGGUGGGAUUUAAACCCAAGUCUUCUGCAUGGUAACUCAACGUCUUUACCAUUAUACCAGGAGGAAAUCCUCAUGGUCAGACUGGGUGACAAUUGGUCUUUUAUUUUCUUUACCAGAUCAGCUUUAAAAACCCUAUCUCUUUUAUACAUUUGUUUUGCAUCAUCUCUUGUUUUGUUAAUUCUUUAUUUGUAAAAAAAUAUAUAUAUACACUACCGUUCAAAAGUUUGGGAUCACUUAGAAAUGUCCUUGUUUUAUAAAGAAAAGCACAUUUUUUGUCCAUUAAAAUUACAUCAAAUUUAGCAGAAAUAGCGUAGAUGUUGUAAAUUACUAUUGUAGCUGGAAACAGCAGAUGUUUAUAUGGAAUAUCUACAUAGGUGUACAGAGGCCCAUUAUUAGCAACCAUCACUCCUGUGUUCCAAUUGCACGUUGUGUUAGCUAAUCCAAGUUUAUCAUUUUAAAAGGCUAAUUGAUCAUUAGUAAACCCUUUUGCAAUUAUGUAAGCACAGCUGGAAACUGUUGUUCUGAUUUAAAGAAGCAAUAAAACUGGCAUUCUUUAGACUAGUUGAGUAUCUGGAGCAUCAGUUUAAUACUUAUUUGCUGAUUCCAUAUGUGUUAUUUCAUAGUUUCGGUGUCUUCACUAUUACAGGUACAUUAGCUAAUGAGUCAUAUCCAAUGCUAAUGGGCUAAAGCCUGAGACUUUUGUGUUUCCAUGGAUGAGGUCGGCACCCCCCCAAAAAAAAUCGGGCUGGCACCAGACACUCUACUUGCCUGUCUCACUCUUUUCUGACUCUUUAAUGUGGAUUUUAAUCUAAUUUUCAUUUCAUGGUGGGGGUGGGGGAAUCCAUGUUCAAAAUAGAUUACAUUAUAUAUUCCACUAUGUGUACUGAUCAUCUUUGUUGUUCAUAAUGACCUUUGGGAUUUCAUGUAGUUAUUGUUUCACUCUGGUCGGGUAAUUUUACUCACCCUUGAACCAUAAACCUAGUAAUGACAUGGUCAAGCUCAACACUGCAUUUUCAUGCAUGUUAAGAACAUGGACUUUGUACUGUAGACUCCAUUCUUAAGGGUCUAGUGCUAGCUAUGUGAUGUUCAUCGUGAACAAGAUUUCAGUUUCUGAGAUUUGCACAGAUGACCAUUUACGACAUAGACCUACUGUGUUGUAUAUCCAGUUCCAAGGUAUUUUUGAAAUGUUUUGUACAACUUAAUCUUAUGGUUUGUUCUGGAACCAUUUUAACAGCCACAGUCUAAGAUGUUUAUUGCCAUAGGAGAUUUAUUAAAAUGAAUCCUGUUGCUCUCUGGAAAUUGUUUUCUUCGAGUACGUUACUACAGAGUACAGAUAUAUAAAUCAAGUGCAAUUUGCAUAUUAAAUUGUCAUGGGAUGCAUUUGCUCUAUUGUUUACCAAUAUUUUACCAAUAUGGUAUGCACAUCACAUUUACAGACAGGCUUUUGUAAGCCAUGUGUCAACUAGUGAGAUUCUGGAACCUGGUAUGGCGUUCCUCUCGCAAUAGCUGGAGGAAUCUGAGUGUUGUUUCGGAGCGAGGUGAUAUGGAAUGUUUGUGAUGUCUGAUGGGGCGAGGGUGUACAUCCGUAUUGUGCAGGAUUUUCAACCUGUGACUCAAUAUUUACAAUGCAUUGAUGUUUCCUUCUGAACAUUUUGAUGUAAAAUAAAAACAUUGACUAGUAGUGCAAAAACCUUUUUGAUUUAAA